AUGCUCCUCGGCAACCAACCCGUCCCCGCACCCUCCAACGAGGUCAGCAUCGUCGGCGAGGUCACCAACGGCAUCAUCAUCGCCGCGAAAGCUGCCGUAAACACGCUCUUUUUGUCGCAGCGGCGCGGCGCGCUGAUGGCUCUCCAGAUAAAGAACCUGAAGAAGGCUGCGCUGGCGUACCUUGUGUGGGACCUACGCGGCGAGCUGGCGGGCGCGCGACUCGAGCAGGCGGUCGUGUACGGCAAGAGGCUCGAGACGCACGCGAGCGGCGUGGACAAGGAGUUGGGCAAGUGCAAGCGGCGGCAGGCGGGCGCGGAGGCGCUUCUCGCUGUCGUUCCAGAAACGUUGCAGGACGUGCCCACGCCAGAGGAGCCCGCGGUCGAGGAGGAGCCGGCGGUCGAGGACCUGCCGGCCAGCGACUCCCGUCCCGACGACGCGUCUUCGGACAGCGAUCGGGAAAGCGUCUUCGAACGUCGGGUGACCCGUCGGAUGAUCGACGCGGGCCUGAACGAGGCGCAAUUCGAUGAUAUGCGGAACGUUUACGGGAUUCAGCUCGCCCACGAGGACAAGUGCCACGAGUGUGCCAAGCUGCAGGCUCGGGCAGUGAAACUGUAUGAUAUGCUCCUCCCGUACCUCGAGCGCGACUGGGUGCCACUGGAGGAGGCAUUCCAGCGGCUCGACCUUAUAGCUGCUCGGGAGCGCUCGGGUACCCUGGGUCGUGGGUAUGAUAGUGACACAACAUAUGUGUGA